AUGUAUCUAUUUUUGGAGCAGCAACAAAAACGAAGUGAAAAUGGAGAAGAAAAUGGGAGAAUUGAACAAAAUGAUGAUUUGGACUCACAAAAAUCUUUGGAUUUAAGACUUGAAGAUACAACAGAAGAUUCUAGUUCGACUAAGGGAGAAUGUGGGGAAGAAAAUGAAUUAAAUGAAGAGGAAGAAGAAGAGGGAUGUUCAACAAAAUUGCACAUUAUUGAAGAAGAAGAGAGGGAAGAGGAUGAAGAGAAGGUUUUUGAAGAUGAAAAUGAAGGGGAGGAAGAGGAUAGUAGAAAAGAGAUGAGGGAAGUAGGGAUUGAUGGGAAUGAAGAUAAUGAAGAAAAUAUGGAUAAAAAGGUUAAGCGGACAAUGUCUUGUACCUCUUCAAGUGAUGAUCAACCAGCUGCUAAGAGGCCUAAAAGGAAUAAUAGUACUAUUAGUGAGGCAAACGGCUCUGUAACACCGAUAGAAGCUAAUUCCUUAGAUCAAAUAGACACUGCUGAUGUUGCAAGACGUAUACGAGAAUGUCUUGCACGUAGUGGAAUAUCACAGAGGGCAUUCGCUGAACACUUAUUAAAAAUGACUUCUGGGGGUUUCUCUGAUUUAUUAACUAAAGCAAGGCCUUGGGUAAUGCUUGGUUGGAAACAUCGACAAGCUUAUCAAAUAAUGGUUGAAUUCCUUGCCGAUCCCGACGCUGUAGAACGUUUGCGUGAUGAUGAGCGCCAUCGUUGUGAAAUGAAUAAUGCAUUAAACGCCCUUCGAGCGAUUGCUGCUGUUGCUCCUCCAAUAAAUGAAGAAAUUGAGGAAGCAAAUAACAACAAUAUUUUUGAUCACCAUCUCAACAAUAAUAAAAAAUAUUAUUCUUCCUCCUCUUCCCCUUCUUCUAGACUUUCACCUUUUACUUCUACAACAGAUCCUUUAAUUACUGCUACUUCCACAUUACAAAUUGUAUCAAAUUUAGCCAAUGAAUUAGGGGUUAAUACUCCUAUAGGAACUAUUUUAAAGAAGGCGAACUCUCCAAAUCCGGCAAUUUCAACUCCAAAUGGAGUGCAUAAUAAUAAUUCAACAAAUAAAAGAAAAUUAAGUACUCCAACCUCAAUAAAUAAUAAUAAUAAUUCUUUGAUCAAAUCAACAAAUACAGCAACAACAAAUCCGAUAAAUGCAAGUGCUCCUCCUUCAGCAGCUAAAAGACUUCCACGUUUUCAACGAACAAUAAUCACCGAUCGGCAAAAAGAAGCUUUAAUAUUUAUUUAUAUACACGAACAAAGACCAAACUCAAAAUUAAUUGAGCAAUUGGCAGCAAAAGUUGGGUUGCAGCCACGUACUGUUAAUAAUUGGUUUCAUAAUCACAGAACUAGAAAUAAGGAAAAACAAGUCAAAACUGAUGGAGGAGAAGAAGAAAUUAUAACAACAAUUAAAACUUCCCAUUCAACAACCCCAACACCCGCCCAAGUUUUAAGUCGGGCAUUGAAUGCAACUGAUACAAAAACAACAAAAUGGUUUAGGGAGCUUGCUGAAUUAUUACACGUAAAUAACGAAAAUAUAACAACAACAAAUAAUAAUAACAAUCAGGACCUUUCAAAUUAUUAUUAUUUGUCUAAUAUUCUAAAAAAUGACUCAAAAAAUGAAGAUAGUUCCCCACCACCAAAUAAAAUUUUUAAAGAAGAACCGGAACAGAUAACCGGAAAUAAUGAUGUUAAUAGUAGUCCAAUUUCUUCUCCAACAGCUUCUACUAAUAUAAAUAAGACUUCAAAUAGUUUAUUGGAUCGAGCAAUUGCACGAAUGCAUAAUAGAAUAAAAACUGAGAGUGUUUAA